AUGAAGGGCCCGGCUCUGUGUCUGGUGCUUGCUAUGUGCCUGGGGGUGGGAGUUGCGGCGCAAUGGAAGCAGCCAGCGUUCUGCAAGGACUGGGAUUGCCCCAAGUACGAAGAGGUUGAGAAGGCGGAUGGGUAUGAGACGCGCAAGUAUGAGGAGGCGAUGUGGGCCUGGGUGCAGGCCAAGGGCGACGACAUGGAGGAGUCUGUGCUGAUGUCUGACGCGGCGCUGGCCGGGGCUGGCGGCAUGGCCACCCUGCAGGCACAUGCUGAGCUGUUGGCAUACUUCAACGGUGCCAACAAAGGAAGCAAGACCAUCCCCAUGGGCACACCGAUGGCCCACAACAUCUCCCGCCGCGACAGGAAGGGCGACGUGGCGGAGGCGCUGGGCAGGAAGAGGAAGGAGGAUGUGGAGGUGACCGUCAAGAUGUACCUGCCCUACAACUUCCAGGAGGGCAAGGAGGAGGCGCCCAAGCCCAGCAGCAAGAAUGUCAAGGUGGACAAGUUCCCGGAGUGGACCGCUCACGUGCGCAGCUUUGACGGCUUCCCGACCCGCCGCAAGUUCAAGGAGCAUGCCAGGACCCUGAUGGACUACCUGGAGGAGGACAACAAGGACUACAGCGAUGAGUGGGCCGUGUUCAGGCACAACGAGGUGCUGUUCCCGGCAGAGGCCAGCCACCACAGGCGCAGCAGCAAGGCCGGCUGCUCCAGCGUCUGA